CGAGAAGGAAAACGCAGGAGCUCCGCACCGUUUGGACAACAGAUUCCUGCAGCAGAUCUCCUAGACCUUCGUUCCAUCUGAUCUGGCGAGCAUCUGAGCGAAGGCGCGACGUGACGCCGCUGCUGCUCCCUGAGGCAGGCAGACAUCUCACAUCAUGGUAUGAUGCAUGACGCAGCACCAUAGAUCAGCGGCAAUAACGCCGCUGCCCGCAUCUCACACACAACUUCCUCGUGUCUUGUCUGCUCUGCAGUCCAUCUUCAGUUACAAUGGCGCUGCCUUGGUGGGCAUGGCCGGCAAGGACUGCGUGGCGGUGGCCGUCGACAAGCGGCUGGGCGUCAACCAGUUCCAGACCAUCUCGGCCAACUUCCAAAGGGCAUUCCAGGUCUCGGAGCGGUGCUUCGUGGCUCUCGGCGGCCUGGCAUCCGACGUGCAGACAGUGUAAGCCACACUUGUGGCCACACCCACAGGUCUGCACAUAGCUAGCUGUGGUGCGUGUGUCGUGUGUGUCGCAUGACUGAAGGCACAAGGAGAUAGCGUAUCGUAUGAAGAUGUAUUCGCUUCGGGAGGAGCGUGAGAUGGAGCCCAAGGUGGUGACGGCCCUGGUGGCGUCGAUGCUGUACGCCCGCCGCUUCGGGCCGUGGUUUGUGGACCCCGUCGUGGCGGGGCUCGACAAGGACAACAAGCCCGUCCUGGCGGGGUACGACUCCAUCGGCGCCAAAAGCGAGGCUCACGACUUUGUGACGGGCGGGACGGCCAGCGACCAGCUCUUUGGCCUCUGCGAGCAGUUCUGGAAACCUGACAUGGUGAGCGAGGCCAAAGAUAUAUGGGCCAUGUGGAUGUGUGUGUCGGUGGGUGUGACGGGGUGUGUUGGUGGUCGGCCUCAGGAUGCCGACCAGUUGUUUGAGACGAUAUCGCAGUGUCUGCUCGCAGCCGUCGACCGGGACUGCGUCAGCGGAUGGGGAGCCGACGUCUUCAUCCUGUAAGCGCACUUCAGCCAGAGCAACCACAGACAGACAGACAGACAGACGAGCACCUGCCGUGUGGGUGUGUCGUGUGUCGCUUUGCAGGACUGCUGACGGUACGGUGACCAAGAAGACACUCAAAGUGCGACAAGACUGACCGAUCCGUUGGCUGGCUGACUGUAGUUAGUGUAUGAAUGUGUGGCAAAACGUGACGAGGCAGGCAGCCUGUUGUUUUUGAAUGGCUGUGCUGUGCAUGACGGAAGAACACACAAUGAUGUGAGUGCGUGAAUGACGCGACGAUAACAUGCUUAGGAAAACUG